GGAAGAUUAGGCAGUGAGUUACCAGACUGCAUACAGGAAAAAAAGUGUCCUCACUUCUAAGACUUCAAAUACUGGUGAACUGCAAGUCUCUGACUGAAAAGUUGUCUACGUCAGGAUCACCAGGGCGACUUCUAAUGAACUCUGUUGCUUGAAGGAGAGGCUGGCAGGGCUGGAGGACAUGCUGAAGGAAAUUUAUCUCUCCCUGUCCCUGGUCCUGGUGUUUGCCUGUGGCCUGCUGUACCAGCUCACCAUGAGGUCUCAGUGCUUCUUUGCCUGCCUGCCUCCUUUCUCAUUUCCACAGGGACUGGACGGCCUCCUGAGGAGUGGACGAAGCAUCAUGUUUAUAGAGACCUCUGAAAGGGUGGAGCCACCUCCGAUGGUCUCCUGUGCUGUGGAGUCUGCUGCUAAAAUCUAUCCUGAGCAGCCCAUCAUCUUCUUCAUGAAAGGACUCAGGGACUCCGUACAGCUGACUUCAAAUACCAGCUACCCAGCCUUCUCCCUCCUCUCGGCCAUUAAUAAUGUUUUCUUUGUGCCUUUGGACAUGGAAAGACUGUUCAAAGACACACCCUUGUUUUCGUGGUACACAAAAGUCAACAGCAGUACAGAGAAACACUGGCUCCACGUCAGCUCCGACGCAGCCCGCCUGGCCAUCAUCUGGAAGUACGGAGGCAUCUACAUGGACACUGACGUCAUCUCCCUUCAGCCCAUCCCUGAGGAGAACUUCCUGGCAGCCCAGGGCUCCCGACACUCCAGUAACGGGGUAUUUGGGUUCCUCCCCCACCACCCCUUCCUGUGGGCCUGCAUGGAGAACUUUGUAGAGCACUAUGACUCAACCAUUUGGGGCAACCAAGGUCCCCAGUUGAUGACAAGGAUGUUACGGGUGUGGUGUCGUCUUAAAGACUUCCACGGGUUGGGUGACCUGAAGUGUUUGAAUAUUUCUUUCCUUCAUCCCCAGAGAUUUUACCCCAUCCCUUAUCCACAGUGGAAGCGCUACUACCAAGUGUGGGACAAAGAGCCCAGCUUCAAUGAGUCCUACGCACUGCAUUUGUGGAACUAUAUGAAUAAAGAGGGCAAGACUGUGGUUAGAGGAAGCAAAACUCUGGUGGAAAAUCUCUAUCAAAAGCACUGUCCUAAGACUUAUAGGGUUCUGAUUCAAGGUGCAGAAGGGACAGUGUCCAAGAAGCCAGGCACAGGUUCCAGGUAGAGAGAUGUUGCUACUGUGGAAGAGUAGAUGCUUCCUGGGCUACCCCAUUCUCGCUUGGUCUACAUUGUCUCUAGGGGAUAGGUGCUAAUCCACACCCCCAGGAUUAACUUUCCUGGCUAUAACUGUAUGCUUCCAAAGGAAAGCGGCUGCAAACACAGAAGUUGAUUUAUCCUUCAUGGAACAGCAAGUCUGGGGGCAGAUAAUUUAGGGCAGGGUAUAUGGGUUCCUCCCCCACUGUAAAUUAACACUGGCCGUUGGAAGCCCAUGCUAGAAUCUUUCUGUUUGUUUUCCUGCUGUCUAUAGUCCAUGCUCAUGUGGCUGCUGGACCUACAGCUCAUCAUUUGGGCUAUUCCAGACAGUAGGAUGACAGAAGAAGGAAAGAAAAUGCAUCUCAUACGACUUUAUGCAUGUACGGUAUAAGUGCAAAAACCAUGUAUCCUUGUAUCUCCCUUGGCUAGAUUGUAGCUGCAAGAAAGACUGGGAGGUAGCUAAGAGCUCUGUUUACUGUUCUAUUGUCAUUAAAUAUUAAGAUUAAUUUUAACACCUGUCAGAAUGAAGGGACCUGGCUGCUUGUUGUUUUGUUUUGAUUUUUGAGAUAGGGUCUCACUAUGAAGAUCAGGAUAGUAUCCAACUCACCGAGAUCCUCCUGCCUCUACCUCCCUUAUGCUGGGAUUAAAGGCAUGUGACAUCCAUCACACCUGGCCCUUGAUUUAGACAUUAAUGUAUUAAUCCAUUUUCUGUCACUGUAACAAAAUAUCCAAACUGGGAAAUUUAUUAAGAAAAGAUAUUUAUAGAACUGGAGACUGAGCUCUUGACCCAGAUGACUCUGCUCUAGUGAAGCCAUCGUGGAGAGUGGCAUCACAGUGACAGGGAACAUGUCACAUGGCGAGUCAGAAAGCCAGAGGAGCUCAGGAACAAGUCGUGCCCCCUCCCCGCCUCCUCAUCCCUAGAGAGCUUGGUGUCAGAGGGAAGGUCUUGCUGUGUCCCAGGCAGGCCUCAAACUCUCAAUCCUUUUUCCUAAGGAAAAAGGGGCUGGGAUUACAGGUAUGUGCCACCAUAGCCCACUCAGGCUUCCUCUUUUUAUAGGAACUAACUGGAAUCCCAUCAAAAGUACAUUAACUCCUUGUGAUGGAAUCCUCCCAUGACAUGGAGACUGGGCUAGAAAUACACAAAACCAGGUAUAAACUACAGCAAUGUUCAUUAACUCAUUAACUCAGUACAUACUAAUUGAUCUUCCUGGGUACCAAGCACUAAUUUAGGGAACAAAGAUGCAGGUGGACCAAGAAGCCUUGGUCCCAGCACAUGUAUCCUAAUUCCUGGUCACUUGUCUUCAGGAUACUGUCUCCCUUCACAGGCUGCCUUCCCCACACUUCCCCUUUCCAACACACACCUUUAUCUUACUACCCCAGCUGUUGAUUAAGAGCAAAUUCUAAGCUCAAACUAUUUUAAUCUGCUUUGUCCAUAGAUGCAAAUGAAAUUGAAUUUCUCCAGCAUCAUGUUGUUCAUAUGUGAUUUUUAUUGUUCAAUUAUAAAUAAACUCAUUUCUGAUUUUC